AUGUUCAUAUUUCUGAUCUCAUGAUGUCCCCCAUCUAGACUCCAAACAGGUAUGCAGGGUGCCUUUGGGAAACCCCAGGGAAAGGUGGCCAGGGUUCACAUUGGCCAAGUCAUCAUGUCCAUCCGCACCAAGCUGCAGAACAAGGAACAUGUGAUUGAGGCCCUACGAAGGGCCAAGUUCAAGUUCCCUGGCUGCCAGAAGACCCACAUCUCAAAGAAGUGGGGCUUUACCAAAUUUAAUGCUGAUGAAUUUGAAGACAUGGUGGCUGAGAAGCGGCUCGUUCCUGAUGGCUGUGGGGUCAAAUAUAUCCCCAAUCGUGGUCCCCUGGACAAGUGGCGGGCCCUGCAUUCAUGAGGGCUUCCUCUAUGCUGUCCCCUUCUUAAUCACACACAACACCAAUAAAUCCUGUAUUGUAUCAAAAAAAAA